GCAGACUAACAGACCUGCCGCGGGAGUCAGGACUAUCCACUGACUGACAACCGGCCAGCCAUGGGCCAGGAUUAUUACUCUGUGCUCCAGAUCACUCGCAAUUCAGAAGAUGCUCAGAUCAAGAAUGCGUACCGGAAACUUGCCCUUAAGAACCACCCGCUGAGAUCCAUUGAGCCAGGUGCAGUGGAGACAUUCAGGCAAAUAGCAGAGGCCUACGAUGUGCUGAGUGACCCUGUGAAAAGAGGCAUCUAUGACAAGUUUGGAGAGGAGGGUCUGAAGGGCGGAAUUCCUCUGGAGUUUGGAUCGCAGACCCCAUGGACAACUGGUUACGUCUUCCAUGGCAACCCAGAAAAGGUUUUCCAUGAGUUCUUUGGAGGAGAUAACCCCUUUAACGAGUUUUUUGAUCCAGAAGGAAACGAGGUAGACUUGAAAUUUGGGGGGCUCCGGGGCCGAGGGGUCAAGAAACAGGAUCCUCCAAUCGAACGAGACCUCUACCUGUCCCUGGAGGACCUAUUUUUUGGCUGCACCAAGAAAAUUAAGAUCUCCCGAAGGGUGCUGAACGAGGAUGGGUACUCCUCUACCAUCAAAGACAAGAUCCUCACUAUCGAUGUAAAGCCUGGUUGGAGGCAGGGCACACGUAUCACCUUUGAGAAGGAAGGGGACCAGGGUCCCAACAUCAUCCCAGCCGACAUCAUCUUCAUUGUAAAAGAGAAGCUACACCCUCGCUUCCGCAGGGAGAAUGACAACCUGUUUUUUGUGAACUCCAUCCCCUUGGGCAAGGCUCUGACCUGCUGCACUGUAGAGGUGAAGACCCUAGAUGACCGUCUGCUCAACAUCCCCAUCAAUGACAUAGUCCACCCCAAGUACUUCAAGAAGGUGCCAGGGGAGGGGAUGCCACUGCCGGAGGACCCCACCAAGAAGGGGGACCUCUUCAUUUACUUCGACAUCCAGUUCCCCACCCGCCUCACACCCCAGAAGAAGCAGAUGCUGCGCCAAGCGUUGCUGACAUAACGUAAUUCGUAACUCGGGUGGGCUGGAGGCUGAGCAAGGGAAGGGGAAAGUGAGCGGGGCCUGACCCCACCCCUACCCAGCCUCAGGGUGUGCAGGGGAGCCUGCCCACUGCACAGACAGGACAUGAGGACUGGAUGGCAUGGGACUUUUGAACUGACACAAUAAAGUUUUAUUUCCUAUCC